GGCAAGAAGCAUCUUCUCAAGAACAUUCAACGUCGUCGAUCAUCACCACAAUCCAACCAAACUUGCACUAGUAGUAGCUGCAGCCAAAGCCAAGGGUCACCUACUGAGGUUGGAGGAGAGAUAGAGAAACUUAGGAAAGAGCGGCGUGCAUUGAUGGAGGAAAUGGUUGAGCUUCAGCAGCAAAGCAGAGGUACAGCUCGCCACGUUGACUCUGUGAACCAGAGUCUGAAAGCUGCAGAGCAACGUCAGAAGCAGUUGCUCUCUUUCUUGGCUAAGUUGUUUCAGAACCCUGGUUUCUUGGAACGCCUCAAUAACCUCAAAGGAAGAGAAAAAGGAGCACUCGGAUUGGAAAAGGCGACAAGGAAGUUCAUCAAGCACAAACAGCAGCAGCCUCAGGAUUCUCCAACAGCAGGGGAGAUG